UUUUGCACAACAAGCUUGCUCGGGUCGCAUCGAAAGCUCUUUUUACACGACACUGUACAGAAUAAGUCGAGAUGACGCCUCUACCUUGGUGGGUGUUGCUGGCGUUACCGUUGGUCGUCGUCGACGCGCAUCUGGACGAGUACGCAUGCGUUUGUUUUUGCCGUGCACGGAACGGCAGCCCGAAGAUCGCAGAAGCCUGUGACCAUGCGGAGUACCACGUCCUUGGGUCCCAUGGAGGCGCGUACUUGUUACAGCGCCUCUUCAAGCUCUGUUUGAUCCCGCACAGUGAUCCUAAAUCACCUCAUCACCCGCUCUUCUACGAUUGGGAGAACUGCCGUUUCAUCAGGGACGAUCUUAUCCAACGUCACGGUUGUUCGUGCGACACCUUGAACAAUGGCAAAUCAGCAAAGCCUGGAGAAGAAAAGCAGAGAUUCGUGUACGCCGUAGGUGUGCCUUUUAUUGAUGCUGAAGAUGGAGCAUCUGAAGCUGGAGCAUCUGAAGGUGAAGGAUCUAGAGUUGGAGCAUCUGAAGAUGAAGAUCAGCAAGGAUGGAGGAGCAUUGAUCUAUCUGAGGAGGAGCUGAAGAUUCCAGUUGUUGAUAACCAUUUGAACGCUAUAGAUGUUGAUACAGCAAAUGCUUCCGAGGAUGAGACAGAUUCCAGGGAGGAUCCCAUCGACUGGCACCCAUGGUGCAUGGCUCAUUGUCAGUGUGACAACGGGCAGGGUGGUUCCGCCCGCCAUUGUGACAUUAUUCCUUGAAGAGAAUGAAGAGGAGGACGAUAGGCGAACACUCGCAGGCGGGCACGAAUUUACAUAUCUCGAAUAGGUUAGUCGGUCUUGAAUGGUACCGAUAGAAAUAAGGUUAGUCUUUAAUUAAUAACACCUUCGUUAUCGCUGUUUCUCUCAAUCUGUCUAUAAAACUCAUAAGUAUCACUCCUUUUCUUUAAUUGACAAUUUUGUAUGUACAAUCUCGCCGGAUGUUUUAUCAGCAACUUGAAAUUUCAUAUCUGAAGAUGUAACUGGCUCGUUGUUAACUCGUGUAUUUAUCCAUCGAUUAAUUAAUAUCAAUCGCCUGACGAGGGACCUGUCAGUGUAAUUUUUCGAAGGGAAUCGCGGCUCGAAGUUAUCGCUCAUAUGUACGUGACCAUUGUUAGAUAAUUUAAUUGCUCGUUAGGCUUAAGACUUUUCUACGCUAGGUCCGGUUCACGCGCUCUUAAUUAACAGUCUUUAACGUCCAAAAUUAAAAGACGGGUUUUCUUUUCGGAUCAGUGGGUUCCGUUACCCAUCACUCGUUACCCAUAAGAUUAGUGUUUGCACGGUGUUCAUCAGAUGGAUUUAACGCAACAUUAUUGUGCUGUAUACACGAUGUAGCAAAGUUUUAUGACUGGCGUGUGAACGGGACACCGAGGUGCGAUGUGUGUAUUAUUGCAAUAAACGAUAUUUAUACGUGAGCCGCGAUGCAACGACGAAUCGUGCAUCGAUGCGGUGUAUCUCUAGUUUCUUAAGGACACUGUAAAUGUUUUUACAUAAGCGAAAAUGAUUAGGGUGUAAGGAGUCGUUCAAACGACCAGACGAAAUCCAUGUCUUCCAAUUUUGUAGUCUAUUUGAUACUCCGCGUGUUAUCGAACCUCUAAUAGGUGGACGUGGGAGUACAAGGUAGCUAUUGUUUAAGCGAUUAUUUUUCAAGGCAGCCACGAGAGCGACCGAUGGAAAUCGACGAUUAACCCCUCAACUUGGUAAUUAUACGCUAAUCAAAUUAAUGACGCAGAUGGUAAUUAAGUUUUAUAGUAAUUACUUCAUGAAAUGAAAAUUAUUUGUUAGAAUAACUUUAAAUUUGCAAGGCAAUUAAAGAUAAAUAGAAACCGCUUUGAGCAAUAAUUUUAUCCUAACGUAUAUAUACGUCGGAGGGGUUAAUGUUGUGCGAAAUUUACUGAUCGUCGGAUUUCUUCGCGCGAGAGGAAAUCAUUCGUUUCUUUUGUGUAGUGUGCCAUUUAAAAACGUUGUGACGCGACAAUAAGACGUAGAUGAUAGUAUGCCUGUGCGAUGCAACUUCCGUCUUUCGUGCACUUUCAACGAUGCAAUUCUUCAAUAUUACCCUUUUCUUUUUAUUAUUAUAUUUGAAGCGCCGCACUGACUCCGGUGAACUCCAAGGCAGAAUAAAUGCUUUCGUUUUGACAAUGAAACACUCUUGAGAAAUGUGUAUUGAUGGAUUUUGUAUUCCAAUUUGUCAAUAACCAUAAAAAUCUAUCCGAAUAUUGAAAUAGAAAAAAAAAUAUUUUGCAAAGUGCGCGAAGGACUUGACUUCAGCAAUUCAUUAUCUGGGCUAUAAUAGUUGUAAGUGAAUUUGCUUUGUAAAUAUUUGUACGAAUAAUAUCUAUGAUAAUAAUGAGAAACUAUUUGGGGUACCAAUUUACAAAUCUAGGAUAUAAUCUAUGAAUUCUAUUCGAUGUUGAAUAAUUAUUGUACUCUUGUAUGUGGUUGCUGCCGGCAAGCAGUCAUGAUAAUAAUUAAAUUAGCAUGUACAACAGGCGGGAAAUUUUAUGCUCAGAAGCUUGUUCGCGAACAAAUUUACAAGUCUUCCAUGUCUCAUCUCGUAUCUCUAAUUGUGUCUUUAAUAAGCUUUUCGAUCUUAAGAAGAUAUGUUUGUAUUGUUUAUGUUUAUGAUUAUACAUUCUGUAUAUAUGGUAUAAGCGAUUAAAGUCGCAUUAUGUUUUGUCAUAUAAUUAAUAAAGGAUAUUAAGUCGUAAA